CACGUCAGCCAUUAAAGAAUCGGUGUUGGUUCAUCGGCCAAGAUAGUUGGCUCUCCUACCCUAACCACACGCCUUUAAUAUCUACACUUAUAAAAAUAUCUUAAUUCCAGCACCACCUUUGUCACUUUCUUUUUCCCAAGUUCCAAUCUUUGAGAUCUAUGAAACUCUAAAGAUCCAAACUUUUCCAAGCUCAAAGCUUCCAAGGGUUUGUUCCUUUUGCUGUAACAAAAACCGGGUUUCUUUUGUUUUGUUAAAGGAUGAAGGUCAAUCUAGUUUCUCGCAGUGGGAGAGAGUUCAUCAAAGGUGGCCUCGAGCUUAAUGACUCGGCGACGGUGGCUGAUUUGCAGGAGGCAAUUCACAAGAGAACUAAAAAGUUCUAUCCUUCGAGACAAAGACUAACUCUUCCCGUGCCAUCGGGAUCAAGGGAGCGGCCUGUUGUCCUUAACUACAAGAAGAGUCUCAAAGACUACUGCGAAGGGAAUGAGAAUAGCUUAACCGUAGUGUUCAAGGACUUGGGUCCACAAGUGUCUUACCGAACACUUUUCUUCUUCGAGUACUUGGGUCCAUUGAUCCUCUAUCCUGUCUUCUACUACUUCCCAGUGUACAAGUUCUUUGGAUACGAAGGUUUUACCCACCCCGUUCACCACCCUGUUCAAACAUAUGCUUUAUAUUACUGGUGUUUCCACUACUUCAAACGGAUUUUGGAAACAUUCUUCGUCCACCGCUUCAGCCAUGCGACAUCUCCUCUAUCGAACGUCUUCAGAAAUUGUGCUUAUUACUGGACCUUUGGUUUGUACAUUGCUUACUAUGUCAACCACCCACUUUACACACCUGUUGGUGACCUUCAGAUGAAGAUUGGCUUUGGGUUUGGGUUGGUUUGUCAACUUGCAAACUUCUAUUGUCAUAUCAUACUGAAGAAUCUACGUGGUCCUGAUGGCAGUGGAGGAUAUCAAAUUCCUCGUGGCUUUCUGUUCAAUAUCGUGACAUGUGCGAAUUACACAACAGAGAUUUACCAAUGGUUGGGUUUCAAUAUUGCUACUCAGACAGUUGCAGGCUAUGUGUUUCUUGUGGUUGCUACUUCUAUCAUGACGAAUUGGGCCCUCACGAAGCACCGACGAUUGAAGAAGCUAUUUGACGGUAAGGAUGGAAGGCCGAAGUACCCUCGACGAUGGGUCAUUCUUCCCCCAUUCCUGUAGAAUGGACCAAUGAACGUGCUACUUAUUAAGUCUUUUCGAUGUUAAAUUUACGAAGCUGAAGCAUGGUUUCCGAGUUUAUUGAAAGAUCAAUUCUUGCUAGGUUUUGAAUUUCAGUUUAGUGCUGAAUCAAUGUAAUGCAUUUGGAUUUUUUUGUUUUUGUUUCUCCUAAUUAUUGAAAAUCAUUGCUGAUUUA